CGACUCGGCGGCACGGAUGGCCCUCAGAUCGAGAUGCCGUUUCGCCAUGGCGGAUUUAUGGCGUUCCUGCUGGUUGCAUGCAGCGGAACGCUCUUUGAAGGCGGUGAUCUGAUCCCUGAAGGAUCAUGUUGCGUCGACCCCAACGGAGCUUGCCUGUUUGACAACUGCUGCAACUUCGCGUUUAUGUUGCGACAUCUUUGGAAAGCUAUCCGGCAUGGCGGAAGUAUCCAACCAGGACAUUCUGGCUGCCACGGGAGGAGUGCUUUGGAAUGCUGCAGUGUCACUCACAACAUCGCACAGCGAGGGCUUCCUUGGUACAAUUAUGGUUUGUUGACAUUUCGCACCCACUCCGGGCAAUCUGGGCGGGCAACCUAUUUGAAGUUGGUUCAAGCUAGUGCUUUGAAUUGGUGGGGCGAGCUCUUUGAAAGUAAGCGAAAACACUUCAGCCGCAGCUUUCCCAGAAUUGAUAUCCCGCCACAGUCCGGUGCUGGCUUCCUGUGGCCUACUGGUUAUGCUUUGGGACAUGCAAUUGAGAGGCUGAACAUGUUGAAACUUCCAGGCCGUGCUGUGCGAUUCUUGGAGGUUGGUGCCGGUGUAGGUUUCGCUUCCUUGGUGGCCCUACUCCGGGGUUGGCACGUGCUCAGCACAGAUCUCCUGUCUGAAAGUGCUGUGGCGCGGCGUUUCAGUGCCAUGGCAUCCUUCGGCAACAGCAGUGACAUGGAGCGAUUUCAGACAGCCGAACUGGAUGUUUAUGAUGAAAGAUCCUGGCCGACGGAGGAAUUUCAUGUCAUCGCUGGUAGUACUAUGAGUAGCGUGCUCAGUGAACAGCAGAAAUUUCACUCCGCCUUUCGGAGGUUGGUGGCUUCGAAGCUUGCACCGGGAGGUGUAGGGCUCUACACCCUGGAUUUUGGAGCGAAGUUUGCAGAUGAGGUGAUCAGAUCAGUCUUGCUCGAGUUCUUGACACUUCCCAGUGAGGAUCAGCUGAAGGGUGUCCUAUAUGCGAAGUCGACGGACUGGCAAUGGUUUCCCCUCGAAGUGGAUCAAGCCACUGAAGGACAUUACCUGGUAGUAUUUCAGCGGCCCAGCGAAAAUGAUCAUGUCGGAGCCUGAGAACAUCUGCUGGAUGUUACUGGCCAAGAUGCCAAGAGGAAUAUGGCGACCUGUUCAGAUGGCUGGGCCACCUGCUCGCCAUUGCUCGCCAGCCCGAUGCUGAACCACCGGAAUGGGGAUAGAGUGAGAGAGAGUGAUGGAAUUACCUAACGUUUGGAAACACGUAAAUCUUGUUGGAUAUUAUCGCUCAUGAAGCUGUGUUUUGAGAGGGUCUUUGGCGAAGAGUAGGCGCAACCUCAGCAGGUGCAUUCUGAGCAAGACUUUUGCACAUCUCCAC